CGGGGAGCAGGGAGGCGGCGCCGGCGCCCGCCUCAGCCCCGGAGGCGGCACCAGGAAGCUCCCGCCCCGGCCGGAGCCGCCAUGUAACCGGCGCCGCCCGGAGCUGAGCCUCGCGGGCCCCAGCGACCCGCCGGCCAUGGGGGACGAGGACGAGGACGAGGGCUGUGCGGUGGAGCUGCAGAUCACCGAAGCCAACCUGACCGGGCACGAGGAGAAGGUGGGCGUGGAGAACUUCCAGCUGCUCAAGGUGCUGGGCACGGGAGCCUACGGGAAGGUGUUCCUGGUGCGGAAGGCGGGCGGGCACGACGCGGGGAAGCUGUAUGCCAUGAAGGUGCUGCGCAAGGCGGCGCUGGUGCAGCGAGCCAAGACGCAGGAGCACACGCGCACGGAGCGCUCCGUGCUGGAGCUGGUGCGCCAGGCACCCUUCCUGGUCACGCUGCACUACGCCUUCCAGACGGACGCCAAGCUGCACCUCAUCCUGGACUAUGUGAACGGCGGCGAAAUGUUCACCCACCUGUACCAGCGCCAGUACUUCAAGGAGGCUGAGGUGCGCGUGUAUGGGGGCGAGAUCGUGCUGGCCCUGGAACACCUGCACAAGCUGGGCAUCAUCUACCGAGAUCUGAAGCUGGAGAACGUGCUCCUGGACUCCGAGGGCCAUGUCGUCCUCACGGACUUCGGGCUUAGCAAGGAGUUCCUGACAGAGGAGAAAGAGCGGACCUUCUCCUUCUGUGGCACCAUCGAGUACAUGGCCCCCGAGAUUAUCCGCAGCAAGUCGGGCCACGGCAAGGCUGUGGACUGGUGGAGCCUAGGCAUCCUGCUCUUCGAGCUGCUGACGGGGGCCUCGCCCUUCACCCUGGAGGGCGAGAGGAACACGCAGGCAGAGGUGUCUCGACGGAUCCUGAAGUGCUCCCCUCCCUUCCCCCCCCGGAUCGGGCCAGUGGCACAGGAUCUACUGCAGCGGCUGCUUUGCAAGGACCCCAAGAAGCGGCUGGGUGCAGGACACCAGGGGGCGCAGGAAGUUAAGAACCACCCCUUCUUCCAGGGUCUGGAUUGGGCUGCUCUGGCUGCCAGGAAGAUUCCAGCCCCAUUCCGACCCCAGAUCCGCUCAGAGCUGGAUGUGGGCAACUUUGCAGAGGAAUUUACCCGGCUGGAGCCUGUCUACUCACCCCCUGGAAGCCCCCCACCUGGGGAUCCUCGCAUCUUCCAGGGAUACUCCUUCGUGGCACCGUCCAUCCUGUUUGACCACAACAACGCGGUGAUGACCGAUGUGCUGGAAGCGUCUAUUGCUGGAGACCGGCCUGGCAGGGCAGCGUUGGCCAGGAGCGCCAUGAUGCAGGACUCGCCCUUCUUCCAGCAGUACGAACUGGACCUGCGGGAACCCGCGUUGGGCCAGGGUAGCUUCUCCGUGUGUCGCCGCUGCCGCCAGCUACAGAACGGCCAGGAGUUCGCGGUCAAAAUCCUCAGCCGCAGGCUGGAGGCGAACACGCAGCGCGAAGUGGCCGCCCUGCGGCUGUGCCAGUCGCACCCCAACGUGGUGAAGCUGCACGAAGUGCAUCAGGACCAGCUGCACACGUACCUGGUCCUGGAGCUACUGCAGGGUGGGGAGCUGCUGGAGCACAUCCGCAAGAAGCGGCACUUCAGCGAGUCCGAGGCGAGCCAGAUCCUGCGCAGCCUCGUGUCGGCCGUGAGCUUCAUGCACGAGGAGGCGGGGGUGGUGCACCGCGACCUCAAGCCCGAGAACAUCCUGUACGCCGAUGAUACGCCCGGAGCCCCGGUGAAGAUCAUCGACUUCGGGUUCGCGCGGCUGCGCCCGCAGAGCCCAGCGGGGCCCAUGCAGACACCCUGCUUUACGCUGCAGUACGCGGCCCCCGAGCUGCUGGCGCAGCAGGGCUACGACGAGUCCUGCGACCUCUGGAGCCUCGGCGUCAUUCUGUACAUGAUGCUGUCAGGCCAGGUCCCCUUCCAGGGGGCCUCAGGCCAGGGCGGGCAGAGCCAGGCGGCGGAAAUAAUGCGCAAGAUCCGCGAGGGGCGCUUCUCCCUUGACGGGGAGGCCUGGCGAGGCGUGUCCGAGGAAGCCAAGGAGCUGGUCCGAGGGCUCCUGACUGUGGACCCCACCAAGCGGCUGAAGCUCGAGGGACUGCGGGGCAGCUCGUGGCUGCAGGACGGCAGCGCGCGCUCCUCGCCUCCGCUACGGACGCCGGACGUGCUGGAGUCCUCGGGGCCAGCUGUGCGCUCCGGGCUCAACGCCACCUUUCUGGCGUUCAAUCGGGGCAAACGCGAGGGUUUCUUCUUGAAGAGCGUGGAAAACGCGCCGCUGGCCAAGCGGCGGAAACAGAAGCUGCGGAGCGCCGCCACAUCCCGCCGCGUCUCCCCCGUGCCCGCCGUCCCGGGCCGGGCACCCGCCGCCAAGGGAGCCCCCCGACGAGCCAACGGUCCCCUGCCCCCCUCCUAGCCUCCGUCACUGUGACCCUCUCCCCGGUCGGGGCUGUGUUCUAGGAGGCCGGCUCACUGCCCCCAGGCCUCCUGUAUAGCUCCGCCCCAUCCCCAGGGAUUGUUACCCUUCUCUCCCCUCCCCCCCACCCCACCCCCAGACAGAGCAGAAGUAUUUUUAUAAGCAGAGAAUUUUUUUAAUGUCUUACCGGAUAGAGUUAGAGAUGCAGGGAGGGAGGGGGCCUGCUGGGGAGUGGAGUGGGGGGCCCUCUGCCUAGAUGCGGCCUCAUCUGGUGGAAGGUACUUCUCCCCCAGGGGGCUGCCCCGGCAGGGGAGGGCUCCUCCUCCAUUUCUAAGCACUGAGUUGCCACAGGGAGAAACUGGGACCUCUCCCCUGCCCUCCCCUGAGGUCCUGCUCUUGGGAGGGGGCACCCCUCAAGCUGUCACUUUAUGGACUGUUCGUGCAAUUACGUCCACCAAAGACCUGUGUCGGGGGUGCUCAGUGAGAGGCCCUGGGGGACCCCCUGAAGCAUUUCUGCCUCACUUCAUGUCACCUGCUUCCCCCUAUUGAGGCUAAGGAAGGAGGUAGGCGAUCCCCUAAAAGGGGAGGCCCCCUUCUCACCCAUCCCCUCCCCUUUGGCACAGCUGCCCCUAGCUGGGGGUGGCACCUUGGGGGUCUGGGGUGGGCAUCCACAGUCACUGCCUCAGCCCAUCCAGGCUGUGCCUUUGACUUAAAAAUAAAAGUUUACCCAGUGCUGUG